AUGAUGUACAUUGACAUUGAUGUACAUCACGGUGAUGGGGUGGAGCGUGCGUUUUACAGCACCGAUAUGGUGAUGACUGUUUCAUUUCAUAAAUACGAUGAGAUUAAUUUCUUUCAUUGGACCGGCCAUAUUAUGGAUGUUGGUGUGGGUCUAGGGAACAAUUAUGCAGUCAAUGUCCCUUUACAAGAUGAAAUUGAUGAUCAGAGCUACAAUCACUUGUUUACUACUGUCGUCCAGAAAGCAACUGAGGUCUGUAAUCCUGGAGCCAUAGUUCUCCAUAGUGGAGCCGACUCCUUUGGUGGUGAUCGUUUAGGACCAUUCAAUCUGACGGUUAGAAGUCAUAUAGACUGCCUCUGUUUUCUUAAGCAUUUUAAUAUCCAUCUUAUGGUUCUUGGAGGUGGUGGGUAUACGGUGCGGAACGUUGCACGUUGCUGGUGCUUUGAGAGAGCAGUUGCGGUUGGAGUAGAUGACUAA